AUGCGAGGUCUUUCGUUUUUGUUCCUUCUGAUCCUGAUCCAAGCAUCUUCCUGCACCACCAGGGUCAUCGGUCUGAUUGGGCAGAAUGUUACCUUGCCCUGCACGUAUGACGCUCCGACUAAAGGAGGCACAAGUUUCUGCUGGGGACACGGGAAGGUGCCCUUGUUUAAAUGCUCCAACACAGUCCUCUCAUCCCAGGACGGGGGGGUUGAUUUCAGGAGGUCCCCCAGGUACCAGCUGCUGGGGCGGGUCACAGCGGGCGAGUUUUCCCUGACCAUCCUCAACGCUCAGAGGAGUGAUGCCGGUGUGUACGGCUGCAGGGUGGAGAUUUCUGGCUUGUUCAACGACCAGAAGGUCAACACAGAGCUGAUUAUAGCAGAAGCUGCUGUUACCAAGAACCGCACGACUGCUGAUGCAACAACAAAAGAAACACUAACAACGCUGGCGCCGAAACACUUGGAGGUCAGAGGCUCAGCAGUGGAGAAAAGUCAAACAGAGGAGGAAAUAUUCACAGCCCUGCUGGGAGUGGGGAACAUCGGCAGGAUGGCAGUUAUUUUCUUCCUCACCCUAAUCAUAAUCCUCAUCUUGAUUAUCCGUACGUGA